AUGCACCGCCGCAAAUGCCAGCCGUCGCCACCAUCUUUCCCUUCCUCCUUCCCUCCUCGUUGCUACCGCCACCGCCGCGUGCACUCGUCACCAUCGUCGCCCAUCGCCGCUAGCUGCGACGCGCCACUGCUCGCUACCUUGCUACGCCAUGUCGUUGUGCCGCCGCCGCGCGCGCACACUCUGUCGGUGGUCGCCUCCGCGUCGGCCGUUGCCGGAUGCAGCUGUCGCCUGUCCCCUUCCCCUCCUCGCUGCGCCGUCAUGCCGCUUGGCCUCGCCGCCACCACCCUCGGAUAUCACGCCGCCGUCAAGGCCGCCGCCUCUCCUCUCCUCUUCCACCACCGCUUAGCAGCUCCGCUCGCCUGCGCUGCCGCCGAUCUGCCGGCGCCCGGGAAGGUAAGCGAGAGAUCUGUGCUGGAGGGACUCAUACUAGGGUUCUACAGCGCGGCGAUUGAGCGCCUCCCCAUGGACAAGAUGCCGGCGCUGCUGGCGCCGGCCAUCGUCGACGGUGGCUUCUGCUUCGGGCCCCUGGAUCCGGUCUCCAAUAUCAUCGCCAACGCCGUCAGGCACCUCCCGCCCUCCGGCGCAGAUGUGGAGGAAUUUGGGAUGCGUCAGGGCUUCACCAAGGACGGGGACAGGGAGGGAUUUGGGAUGAGCCACCCCUUCGCCAACGAGGCGGUGCAGCGGUCGAUCAAAGCCCUUGUCGGGUUCUUGGCCUUCUACUUCCGCUACCUACCUACUCUAGAGGCACAGCACUACCUCUUCGCCGCCAAGGGGGAUCUUCUCGCCGCUGUCCACCUCGUCGAGGCAGAGCGCUGCACGGGCGCGAAGGUAAGCGAGAGAUCUGCGCUGGAGGGACUCAUACUAGGGUUCUACAGCGCGGCGAUUGAGCGCCUCCCCGUGGACGAGAUGCCGGCGCUGCUGGCGCCGGCCAUCGUCGACGGUGGCUUCUGCUUCGGGCCCCUGGAUGCGGUCUCCAAUAUCAUCGCCAACGCCGUCAGGCACCUCCCGCCCUCCGGCGCACAUGUGGAGGAAUUUGGGAUGCGUGAGGGCUUCACCAAGGACGGGGACGGGGAGGGAUUUGGGAUGAGCCACCCCUUCGCCAACGAGGCGGUGCAGCGGUCGAUCAAAGCCCUCGUCGGGUUCUUGGCCUUCUACUUCCGCUACCUACCCACUCUAGAGGCGCAGCACUACCUCUUCGCCGCCAAGGGGGAUCUCCUCGCCGCCGUCCACCUCGUCGAGGCAGAGCGCUGCACGGGCGCGUUCGACGUCGGCUCCCACACCACCAAGACCGCCCUCCGGUGCGCCGCGGGGGCCGCGGGCCACGCCGACCUGGACAGCCUGGUCACGGCGAUGCGCUCGCUCUCCUCGAGGUCGCACGAGAUCGCCGGUGUUCUCGCUAGGGCCGAUGGCCGCCGUCUCACCCGCGCCGCGGUCGAGGACCUCCGUUGCUUACUCCUACAAGAAACCAGUGACGGCGGCGAGCAGGCAGCGAUGGCUCUCGUCCCUCGGCGGGCGCGGCUCGCCGCCACGUUCUGCCCGCUCUCCCAAUUCGGGGUCACUGUCAAGGACGAGAGAACGCUCGAACGGUGCACCAAGUCCCUGGAAAGAGUACUCCUCGACAAGAUCCACGGCUUCUACCUGGAGGCGCUCGCUCUACUACCCCAGGACCAGCUCCGCCGCCGUUACCACCGCAGCGUCGUGAUGGCCGGCCACUGCUACGGCCCUCUCGACCCCGUCUCCAACAUCGUGCUCAACACCAUCUGGUACGACGCCGCAUUCCCAGUUCCCAACAAGAAGCAGCAGCCCGAGCUGGACAUGGUCGGGAGGUGGGCGCUGAUCCGUGCCGAGCGCCGCUGCCUCGUCGGCCUCGUCGCGGGCCUCCGUGCCUUUGCCGGGGACCACGGCCUCUCUGAAGUCGCUGCCAUCCGGUGUCUCCUGCGUGCCAACGGGGAUUUCGCCACCGCCAUGAGCGUGCUGCAGCCAGCACUCCUGGGGCACCGACAACCUACCACAAUGCCGUCCGAGUCCGAGCUGCACCGCCUGAUGGCCGCCAUGGCUCAGCGGUUGGAGCUGUACCGCGUGAUGGCCGUCGCGGCCCAGCACCCCAGCCCUGACAGACUCCAUGAGUUCCUAUUGUCUGAUCGCGUUUGUGCUUUGCGAACUCCAUGGGAGUCUCGCAGAUUCUCUCGAGAGGACGUGCGUUCCGUGAUCAGGUCGCUGGACCUGGAACCACCACCGCCCCUUGGCAUGCCAUCAGAGCUGCUACGUUUGACGACUCAGGCCCAAAACACCAUCAAACUGUUCCCUGAUGCUAAGAAGCGCUUCUGUGCCGACAUGAGCUCUUUCCACAGGAAGGCGAAGGCUGCAUUGGACGACUAUGUCCUGCAGAACAUGGGCCCUGAAUAUGUGAUGCAUGUCGUCUGUGGUGCGAACGAAAUGGUUGCGGAUCGCGAUGGCCCGGAGUACAGCAGCAUUAACCGGCCACCCUCGUUCAACAAAUUUCACUACUCACACAUCAACUUCCUGGCGAGCCCUGUGGGCUCGAGUGCCGCCAACAUGUCCCCGACCCUUUUCUUCGCGGAGUGCGUCAACUACAAUGAAGAAAGCGACCGUGACAGGAAGAACAUUUGCUGCCCUGUUGUCGUGCCGCCAACAAAUGCCGAGAGGGUUCGGUGCUUUUACUGUGAGUAUUAUGGGAUGAGUAUCAUUCACCCAGUUGAUGGGAACUACCAUGGGUGCGACAUUGACUUCGAGAAGUUAGCCCGCCAUCAGCACAAAAUGAACAAUUCCAUCGAGAGCAUCUUCAACCGUGGCAACUAUGUCACUAACUCCAAUGGUCCAGUGCAAGAAGAUUACUUCUACUUUGACCAUGCGAGGGAGCUAUCAGUUUGACUCUUAUUCAUGGUUACUGGUGUAGAUCUAAUUGCAGUAUUUUAAUUUUGUGUUGAUACUGAAGUGUUGGAUGUGUUUUUUUCUAAAUGUCACGUGCUGGCUACUAUUUA